CCGCAAAACGACUUGACCUGAAUCAUAUUGAUACACUUCUCAUAACAAAUAAAGAUAGAGAUGUCAGCAUCAGCAGAAUCUCUUGCGGCACGCCUCGCCUACGCACCAGUGCCCCUGAAAUUUGGCACCAGUGGCCGCCGCGGUGAAGUCAUCCACCUCACUCAACUUGAGAUCUACACAAACGUCGUCGCCGAAGUCGAGUACUUGCAAUCACUUCCUAUUUCUGAAGGUGGAAUCAAAUCCGGAGAUGACUUUUUCUUCGCUCAUGACCUCCGUCCCAGUUCCACUAAAUUGGUCGAGAAUGGCCGUGGUGGCCUCUGUCAAGCAGUCACGCAAGCUUUGAAGGAUACUGGAAUGAAGCCCAUCAAUCUUGGUGAUAUCCCUACGCCGGCUCUGACUUACUGGGCUAUCACUCAUGGGAAGGGUAGCAUCAUGGUUACAGGCAGUCAUAUCCCUUUCAGCCGUAAUGGAUAUAAGUUGAAUACAUCCAAAGGCGAGUUGAUGAAGAGAGAUGAGCAGCCUAUCAAUGAUAGAGUUGCAAUCACUCGCGAGAAGCUUCUCAAUCAACCAUACUCCGAGUCUCUAUUCGAUGAGCAGGGUGUUUUCCGCAAUGUGUCACAAGAGGUCCUUCCUGCCAUCCCCGAGGGUAGAGCAGCUUACAUCAAACGCUAUGUGGAUUUCUUCAAGGGCGAGUCACUGAAAGGAGUGAAGUUAUUAGCGUACCAGCACUCUGCCGUUGGUCGUGAUCUUCUGAUCGAAAUUUUCGAGGCUCUUGGCGCAACCGUCACUGCCGCUGGCCGUAGUGACACUUUCGUGCCCAUCGAUACAGAGGCUAUCGAUCAGGCUCAACUUGACGUUGUCCAGAAGCUGUACGAUGAUGCUGGAAAGGGUUUUACUGCUGUUAUCUCCACAGAUGGCGACAGUGACCGUCCUCUGAUCCUCGCUCCCGAAUCAGACGUCCUCCGCUUCUUCGGUGGCGACUUGCUAGGCAUGGUCGUCGCCGAGUUCCUAGAAGUUGGUGCAGCAGUCGUUCCAAUCAGCACCAACGACGCCAUCGAUCGCGGACCACUCGCCGCAGUCACCGAGCCGAAAACAAAAAUCGGCAGCCCAUAUGUCAUCUCCGGUAUGGAGCGCGCCAUCGCAAAGGGCAUCCCGCGCGUCUGUGGAUGGGAAGCAAACGGUGGCUUCCUCACAGGAUCCGACAUCACACGCAACGGCAAUGUCCUCACUGCACUGCCUACACGUGAUGCUUUCCUCCCUCUACUCAGCGCUCUCUUCGCAGCACACAACCGCAAAACCACCCUCCCAAAACUCUUCGACACCCUCCCACCACGCUUCAGCCGCGCUUCUCUCCUCCGCAACUUCCCCCGCCCUACGAGCAUGAAGAUCGUCGAGCGCUUCUCACCGCCCGAAGCCAGCAUGCAAGAUGUCUCCUACCAGACCGAUGGCGUCACCGCGUUAGACGCCGACUCAACCAAAGUCCCUGUAUCUGAAGCAGCCGUUAAGAGAUUCGAGCAGAUCCGCAACGACAUCCAGACAGUUUUCUCAGCAGAAGCUGGCUUCUCUCCAGUCUCCCGGAUCCUCUACACAGACGGCGUGCGUAUCCUGUUCGCCAAUGGCGAUGUGGCUCAUGUCCGGCCGUCUGGAAAUGCGGAUGAGCUUCGUAUUUAUUCUGUUGCGGAUACGCAGGAGCGGGCUGAUGUUAUUGCUAACCAGGGUGUUGCGGAGCCGAAUGGGUUGUUGAGGACUUUGGAGAAGUUGGUUUCGGCUUAGGUUGGAAGAUGUGGGCAAAAGUUUGGAUUUUGGGCAUUUCAGGAGGAGGCAACACAGUCUGCCACUGGUUAAGACGAAAGAGAGCAAUGCGGACUACUGUGGAAAGCACAUGAAAUUUACUUGACAUUGAAAAACUCCGGACUCAAAG